CUCCCUGGCCGCCAUGCCCUCCAUUUGGGGGCCCUGGCUGAAGGCCUCCCUUCCUUCCCUGGGGCCUGGUCCUCCUUGGCGGCCUUCCCCAGGCGAGGCCCCCGGGGCCUGGCUGCUGCUGCUGGGGCUGCAGUGCCCCCUCCGGGGCUGGGGGCGGCGCUGGGCCGGUCCUUCCUUCCCGGGGCCGGAUGGCGCCUCUUGGCCCGGGUCGGAGCGGCGGCGGCGGCGGCGGCGCCUCCUCCUCCUCCUCGGCGGCCAGGGAGGUAGGCCUGGCUCGGUCGGGACUAGGCAGCCCCUUUGUGUGGGCGCCAGAGAGACAACCACGCCGCCGACGCCGCCAGGGAUGGUGGCCCCGGAGUCCACUGCCCAGUGCAGUUCCAAGGCUGGCAGCCCCACUUCUGAUGCAGAAGAAGGACGUGCAAGUAUAAACAAGAAGUAAGUGGGAGAAGCAGCUUUUCAGCAGUUGCCAAAAUGGGCAUGAGGAUCAAGCUACACAGCACUGACCACCCCAGUAACCUGCUGAAGGAACUCAAUAAAUGCAGGUUGUCAGAAACUAUGUGUGAUGUUACCAUUGUUGUUGGUAGUCGUUCCUUCCCUGCACACAAAGCAGUGCUGGCAUGUGCAGCAGGCUAUUUCCAGAACCUUUUCCUCAGUACAGGACUGGAUGCUGCUCGCACGUACGUGGUGGAUUUCAUCACUCCAGCCAAUUUUGAAAAGAUCCUGAGCUUUGUUUAUACCUCAGAGCUCUUCACAGAUCUGAUCAAUGUGGGUGUUAUUUAUGAAGUAGCUGAAAAGCUGGGUAUGGAUGAUUUGUUGAAGGCCUGCCAUUCCACUUUUCCAGACUUGGAAAACUCAGCCGCCAAUAAACAGUGCUCUGUCUCAGGUGAAAGUCGGUCAGCUGGUGCUUUGGCUGAGUCAAACCAUUCUCUGAUUGAAAUCCGAAACAGUGGGGAUCACCAGAGAACAGAGCGAAAUAGCAGCCUGCAUGGCGAAACAACAGGUGGCUACAAAGAAGAUCUUGCAAAUGAUGCUAGUCUUAACUUACUGCAUUCGCAGAUUCCCAAAUCUGAAGAACAGGAAACACCAGCACAGUUCAGUGGUGCCAUGAGUAUUAUGACACAGGCUGGUCUGAGCAUGGCUGUUCAAACGACUGGAAACUCUUGUCAGCCAUAUAAAAUCCAGAGCAAUGGGGAUUACAGCAAAGGCAACUUUUUUUCCUCUGAUGCAUCGUUGGAUAUAUCCACAGGCAGCAACUCCUGUCCUAGCAAUAGUGACCACUCCAAAGAUCAGGGCUUUGGACAAAUGGAUGAACUACAACUAGAAGACCUAGGAGAAGAGGAAUUACAUUUUGAAGACCCCAGUGAGGAGUUAGGUGCACCAGAGGAGGUGAUUGAGCUUAGUGAUGAUAGUGAGGAGGAGCUAUCUUUUGAGAAUGACAGCCGGGAUAACAAGGCCAUGCCCUGUCAAGUAUGCAAAAAAGUAUUAGAACCCAACAUUCAGCUGAUCCGCCAGCAUGCUAGGGAACAUGUAGACCUGCUAACUGGAAACUGCAAAGUCUGCGAGACCCAUUUCCAAGAUAGGAACUCUAGAGUCACCCAUGUCCUGUCUCAUAUUGGGAUAUUCCUCUUUUCCUGUGAUAUGUGUGAGACUAAGUUUUUCACUCAGUGGCAGCUCAACCUCCACCGCCGAGAAGGAGUGUUUGACAGCAACAUUAUCAUCCAUCCCAGUGACCCACUGAUAGGGAAGGUCAACUUGUUCACUGGGGAUUUGGCAUGUGCUGUCUGUGGGAAACUGCUGGCCAAAGAUUUUCAUGUGGUUCGGAGUCACAUCUUGGACCAUGUGAAUUUGAAAGGCCAAACAUGUGGUGUGUGUGACCAGCGACACCUCAAUCUCUGUAGCCUCAUGUGGCAUACACUUUCCCACUUGGGAAUCUCUGUUUUUUCUUGCUCUAUUUGUGCCAACAGUUUUGUGGACAGGCACCUUCUGGAGAAGCACAUGGCAGUCCACCAAAGCAUGGAGGAAGCCCUCUUUCGGUGUCAUUAUUGUGGUCAAGCGUUCAAGCUGGAAGCUGCUUACCGCUACCAUGUGAGCCAGCACAAGUGUAGUUCCAACUUGGACCUUGUCCGACCUAGCUUUGGUGACCGAAUGCACCAGCAAUCUCUGCAAAAGAGGAAGCUGACAGAGGAGUUCUUAAGUGAGGACAUGGCUCUCCAGAAUCAACCUGGGAACAGUAAGUACAGCUGCAAGGUGUGUGGAAAAAGGUUUGCUCACACCAGCGAAUUCAACUACCACCGACGCAUCCACACUGGGGAGAAGCCCUAUCAGUGUAAAGUAUGCCACAAAUUCUUCCGUGGGCGUUCCACUAUCAAGUGCCACUUGAAGACACAUUCUGGGGCUCUCAUGUACCGCUGCACAGUUUGUGGCCACUACAGCUCUACUCUUAACCUCAUGAGCAAGCAUAUAGGUGUGCACAAAGGCAGCCUUCCCCCAGACUUCACCAUUGAACAAACUUUCAUGUACAUUAUCCAUUCCAAAGAUGCGGAGAAAAACACAGACAGCUGAUAACAGCAGUAUUGGGAAAGUAAGCACUAUUUGGGGUGCUUUAGUUUUUAUAAAAAUAACAUUACUUUCAAUGGUCAGGCAUCAUCAGCAUUGUACUUUAUUUCUUUUGCCUUGUUAGAGGGUUUCUUAAAUCACUGUCCCAUGAAAACAACAGCACGUUAGAUGUGUUAUUGUUCACAAGAAACCUGUUGUGUUUACCUCCUGCUGAGUCCAAUGCUCAUAGCCGUUUCAAAUCUAGGAAACAGACCGUUUGUUCCUCUCCACUGGAUAGGUUUCCCUCCUCAUUACUUUUCCCUCCACCGCCAUUGUCAUGUCUGAGCUGAGAUCACUAAAAGAUUUAUGCUGCUAAGAUAUAUUGAUGCUCCACAUCAGUAGGGAUAGCAGGGGAGAAAGUGGGAGGCAAAAGUAAUUAUUUCUGUCUGGUUGUCAGGAAGAUGCACGUUGGAACAACUUACAGUGCAGUCCUAAGCAUGUUUGCUUACUGCGUCCUUCCUGAAAAGUGUGCUUAGGAUUUUUAGGCUGCCUUCUUGUCAGAGAAAUUUGUAUUCUUUAAAACCCCACCAUAGUACUUGAUUCACAGCUGUGUGAUGCAUAGUCAUAAGUGAUGAUGGUUCUUAUCUCCCUUGAUCAGUGCUUCUCCAUGGUUGCUCUUCCAGAUGUUUCAGACUUCAACUCUCAGAAAUCCAAGACAGCAUAUUCAGUGAUCAGGAAUUCUGGAAACUGAAACUCUAAACAUCUGAAGGCCCAAGACCUGAGAAUCACUGCUGUAGAUAAAGCUGACAUUAAAAGCACAAGGGAAGGCUAGGUUUGUGUGUGUUGCAAAUCGUUAAUCCUGUCUUGCCCCCAGUCAUAUUUAGCCUUUUACCCUUCAUCAUAAAAUCAGGAGUUUGCUUUUUGAAGAACAAUAAAUAAAAAGGAGUAGACAGAUGUGUGGUAGAGGAGAGGACAGUUUUUCCAAAUAUGAACUUUUGGGGCAAAGUUUUGGCUGGGACAAGGAAAGUGGCAGUGCCCUAAGAAAGAAUUAUUGGCUUAAUCUCCCAUAUCCUCUUUGCAGAAAGAAAAAUUUCUCAGGCAUCAAAAUAUAUAUGCUGUUUUGUUGUUUCUUUGUUGUGUCACACUAUAGUAUCAAUGCUUUUGGGAGGGUUCUUCCAGUCACUUGUCCUGAAAAAUGAGGCUAGCGUCCAAUGAUUCUCACUUCUGAAAGUGUCUGAGUAAUAUAGUUAUGUGGGCAGGGCUUGGAAUCCUCCUUGGGGGCUACAGUCCUGUACACGCUUAUUUGGCGCAGUUCCCUUUGAACUUACUGGGGCGUACCUGUGAGCAGACAUAGAGAGGAGUGCAUAGUUGAAAAUAUAUUAUUGCCUUAAGGAAAUAUCUCUAGAAAAAGGAAGAAAAGAACUAGGGCCUUUCCAGAUAAUUUAAAGUGUCAGAAUAAAUACAUUUUUCUUACAUAUUAGUUUGGAGGGACCAACAUGUCUUCCCAAAGUAGCAUUUUUAUUGCAGGUAUAUCCCACAUUCUGUCACAUAGAUCACAGCUUUUUGUUGCAUGGAAAAGGCAGGCCCUCCCUCCCUCCUUGCAAACACAUCCAUUGUGGUUAUGCCAGAGGUGCCUAUUGGGCUGAAGACAGAUCUGACUUCUGUAGAGCAGUGGCAUGGAGCCAGUUUGAAAGUCCCUUGACCACAGGUAGUAUGUAUGUAUCCUUGGUUUUCUAGGACAGAGCUGUGAAAAACAGAACACCCCCAGAUGCCCACUUCUACAAUCUUGCAGAAAAAGCCAGCCAUAGAUGGAUUUAAUUGGCUAAUGCUCAUUGCACUACCAAGAUGCAUGGCAUGCCAAUUCUUGAAGCAAUUUGCUACUUUCCAUUUUUUUAAAGAAAAAGGAUAUACACAUGAGGUAAACAUGAAUGUGAUGCUUAAUUUGAGAAAAAUGACCACUUGAAGCAAAGGGGAAAGGGCAAGGCUAAUGUGUAAUCCAGGAGUGGGGAAAGUGUAGCACACUACAGAUCGUGUGUGCCCCCAGAGUCAUUUUUCUGGCUCAUAGAGCCAUCAAAUUUUAAAACAGAAUUAUCCCCCAAAUGCCUAUCAGGUGGUGUGCGUAGUAGACAAUUCCCCCAUUUUUUAUUCAGAAAUGUAUUUUUAAUCCAGAAAUUGACCCUAUUUC